AUGCUGGAGUGCCACAAGGCUGUGUACUGGCGCCAACAUUACACCACACACUGCAGAGGGAAGGAAGGGGAGGAGUGGCGGAGUGGCGGCGGCCCGGCUGGUGGACGAGUGGCGGCGGCCCGGCUGGUGGACGAGUGGCGGCGGCCCGGCUGGUGGACGAGUGGCGGCGGCCCGGCUGGUGGACGAGUGGCGGCGGCCCGGCUGGUGAGUGGCGGCGGCCCGGCUGGUGGACGAGUGGCGGCGGCCCGGCUGGUGGACGAGUGGCGGCGGCCCGGCUGGUGGACGAGUGGCGGCGGCCCGGCUGGUGGACGAGUGGCGGCGGCCCGGCUGGUGGACGAGUGGCGGCGGCCCGGCUGGUGGACGAGUGGCGGCGGCCCGGCUGGUGGACGAGUGGCGGCGGCCCGGCUGGUGGACGAGUGGCGGCGGCCCGGCUGGUGGACGAGUGGCGGCGGCCCGGCUGGUGGACGAGUGGCGGCGGCCCGGCUGGUGGACGAGUGGCGGCGGCCCGGCUGGUGGACGAGUGGCGGCGGCCCGGCUGGUGGACGAGUGGCGGCGGCCCGGCUGGUGGACGAGUGGCGGCGGCCCGGCUGGUGGACGAGUGGCGGCGGCCCGGCUGGUGGACGAGUGGCGGCGGCCCGGCUGGUGGACGAGUGGCGGCGGCCCGGCUGGUGGACGAGUGGCGGCGGCCCGGCUGGUGGACGGAGUGGCGGCGGCCCGGCUGGUGGACGAGUGGCGGCGGCCCGGCUGGUGGACGAGUGGCGGCGGCCCGGCUGGUGGACGAGUGGCGGCGGCCCGGCUGGUGGACGAGUGGCGGCGGCUGGUGGACGAGUGGCGGCGGCCCGGCUGGUGGACGAGUGGCGGCGGCCCGGCUGGUGGACGAGUGGACGGCGGCCCGGCUGGUGGACGAGUGGCCGGCCGGCUGGUGGACGAGUGGCGGCGGCCCGGCUGGUGGACGAGUGGCGGCGGCCCGGCUGGUGGACGAGUGGCGGCGGCCCGGCUGGUGGACGAGUGGCGGCGGCCCGGCUGGUGGACGAGUGGCGGCGGCCCGGCUGGUGGACGAGUGGCGGCGGCCCGGCUGGUGGACGAGUGGCGGCGGCCCGGCUGGUGGACGAGUGGCGGCGGCCCGGCUGGUGGACGAGUGGCGGCGGCCCGGCUGGUGGACGAGUGGCGGCGGCCCGGCUGGUGGACGAGUGGCGGCGGCCCGGCUGGUGGACGAGUGGCGGCGGCCCGGCUGGUGGACGAGUGGCGGCGGCCCGGCUGGUGGGCCCGAGUGGCGGCGGCCCGGCUGGUGGACGAGUGGCGGCGGCCCGGCUGGUGGACGAGUGGCGGCGGCCCGGCUGGUGGACGAGUGGCGGCGGCCCGGCUGGUGGACGAGUGGCGGCGGCCCGGCUGGUGGACGAGUGGCGAGUGGUGGCGGCCCGGCUGGUGGACGAGUGGCGGCGGCCCGGCUGGUGGACGAGUGGCGGCGGCCCGGCUGGUGGACGAGUGGCGGCGGCCCGGCUGGUGGACGAGUGGCGGCGGCCGGCUGGUGGACGAGUGGCGGCGGCCCGGCUGGUGGACGAGUGGCGGCGGCCGGCUGGUGGACGAGUGGCGGCGGCCCGGCUGGUGGACGAGUGGCGGCGGCCCGGCUGGUGGACGAGUGGCGGCGGCCCGGCUGGUGGACGAGUGGCGGCGGCCCGGCUGGUGGACGAGUGGCGGCGGCCCGGCUGGUGGACGAGUGGCGGCGGCCCGGCUGGUGGACGAGUGGCGGCGGCCCGGCUGGUGGACGAGUGGCGGCGGCCCGGCUGGUGGACGAGUGGCGGCGGCCCGGCUGGUGGACGAGUGGCGGCGGCCCGGCUGGUGGACGAGUGGACGAGUGGCGGCGGCCCGGCUGGUGGACGAGUGGCGGCGGCCCGGUGGUGGACGAGUGGCGGCGGCCCUGCUGGUGGAGGAGUGGCGGCGGCCCUGCUGGUGGAGGAGUGGCGGCGGCCCUGCUGGUGGAGGAGUGGCGGCGGCCCUGCUGGUGGAGGAGUGGCGGCGGCCCUGCUGGUGGAGGAGUGGCGGCGGCCCUGCUGGUGGAGGAGUGGCGGCGGCCCGGCUGGUGGAGGAGUGGCGGUCCUGCUGAUGGAGGAGUGGCGGCGGCCCUGCUGA